GCGGCGCUCAGGCCACAGACAGACUCACACAGAGGAGGCAGUGUGUUCAGUGUGUUCAGAGACUCCCGGGGCCAAACACACACACACACACACACACACACACACACGCGGACGCUUUCCUCCGCUCAGCAGAAAAAGGAGCCGAAAACAAGCGGAACAUUUGGAAAUAUCGAAACAGGGAAGUUGGACUCGAGCGUGCCAGUCAGUGCGGGUUAAAGCGAGCCGGUCGGUGAGCAUGUUCAGCUGGGUCAAACAGGAGCAAGGUGGACGCAACAAGGAAGGAGAGAUGUACCAGACGGUGACGGAGGGGCUGCAGACCCUGUACACUAAGAAGCUGCUGCCGCUGGAGGAGACCUACCUCUUCCAUGACUUCCACUCCCCGGCGCUGGAGGCCGCCGACUUCCAGAGCAAGCCCAUGGUGCUGCUGGUCGGCCAGUACUCCACCGGGAAAACCACCUUCAUCAGGUAUCUGUUGGAGCAGGAUUUUCCAGGAAUGAGGAUUGGCCCUGAGCCGACCACCGACGGCUUCAUCGCAGUGAUGUACGGCGAGAACGAAGGCGUCGUCCCCGGCAACGCUCUGGUGGUCGACCCCAAGAAACCCUUCAGGAAACUCAACGCGUUCGGAAACUCCUUCCUCAACAGGUUUAUCUGCUCUCAGAUGCCCAAUCAGGUUCUUCAGAGCAUCAGCAUCAUCGACACUCCUGGUAUCCUGUCAGGAGAGAAACAGCGGAUCAGCAGAGGUUAUGACUUUGCGGAGGUCCUGCGUUGGUUCGGGGAGCGGGUGGACCGGAUCAUCCUGCUCUUUGAUGCUCACAAACUGGACAUUUCUGACGAGUUCUCCGAGGCCAUCAAAGCCUUCAAAGGACAAGACGACAAGAUCCGAGUCGUCCUCAACAAGGCCGACCAGGUGGACACGCAGCAGCUGAUGCGGGUGUAUGGUGCCCUCAUGUGGUCACUGGGGAAGGUGAUUAACACUCCAGAGGUGGUGAGAGUUUACCUGGGCUCCUUCUGGGCCAAGCCACUGCAGAACACAGAGAACAGGCGUCUGUUUGAAGCAGAGUCUCAGGACCUGUUCAGGGACAUCCAGAGUCUUCCGAGGAACGCCGCCCUGCGUAAACUCAACGACCUCAUAAAGCGAGCUCGUCUGGCCAAGGUGCACGCUUACAUCAUCAGUUACCUGAAGAAGGAGAUGCCGUCUCUGUUCGGCCGGGAGAAGAAGAAGGAGGAGCUGAUCAUGAGGCUGCCGGAGAUCUACACCAUCCUGCAGAGGGAGCAUCACAUCAGCCCCGGAGACUUCCCCAACGUCAUCAAGAUGCAGGACAUGCUGCAGCACUACGACUUCAGUAAGUUCCCGUCCCUGAAGAUGAAGCUGAUCGAGUCGGUGGACAAGAUGUUGGCCACCAAGAUCGCUGUUCUGAUGGCGAUGAUCCGGGAGGAGGAGUCCAAGCAGCCGCCGGCCAUGGUGUCGGGCGGUGCCUUCGAAGGCUCCCAGGACGGGCCCUUCGGUCAGGGCUAUGGCGAGGGCAUCAGCGCCGGGGCCGAUGCAGAGGACUGGAUCGUGAGCCGCGACAAGCACCGCUACGACGAGAUCUUCUACACGCUGAUGCCCAUCAACGGCAAGAUCACCGGCGUCAACGCCAAGAAGGAGAUGAUGAACUCUCGGCUGCCCAACUCCGUGCUGGGGAAGAUCUGGAAGCUGGCCGACUGCGACCGGGACGGCAUGCUGGACGACGAGGAGUUUGCCCUGGCCCAGCACCUCAUCAAGAUCAAACUGGAGGGCUACGAGCUGCCCACCGAGUUGCCCGACCACCUGGUGCCCCCGGCCCACCGCAAAAACCCCACCGCGGACGCCCUGUACAACCACACCGAGGACUAGAGCGCCGACAGGGCACUGAGCAAGCCGCCGAGGAGACGGACUGGUCCACAUGUAAAAAACCACCACAGGUCAACAUUUCUGCUGCUGAUGUUCAGACUGAGAGAACAAAUCAGCUGACUGACGGAACCACAAGGUCAAAGGUCAAUUGUUAGGUGUUUUAUACUGAGGAUCUCAUCAUUAAGAUGAACUCCAGCAUCUCUAAUCACAUGUUUAAAUAACUGGCCAGCAAACAGAGACUGAAUCAGAAUAUUCUGCUUUUAUUUUGCUAAGAGUUUAUAUGUCACACAUUUCAGUUGAUUUCAAAACACCAAAGAAGAAAAGUGACAAACUUGUUGCCUAAUGUAGCUUCAUAUUUUACUAAUUCUGGUUUAAUUUGGAUGCUUUUAUUGUGAAAGAGUCCAGUGUUUUAAAAAAAUCCUCCUCAUAUUUAACUUUUAACUGUUUUCUUCCUUCAUAUUUCCUUUAUAUUUGCCUUCAUGGGAACAAUAAAUCCUCUGAUAUGGACCUCUGACCUUCAGAAUAAAAGCAGAGGUGGGUCAGAUGACACAUGCUGUGAUGCACAUCACAGAAUGACCACCUUUUAUUCUGAAGGCCAGGUGCUGUUUCCUGAAGCCUAACGUUUGAGUUUCCUCCGAACUGAGCUCUGAUCAGCUCACAAUCAACAGAUGAAACUGUGGACGCUGAUCAGAGUUCAGAGUUUUUGGCUUGUCUCUGUCCACAGUGAAGCUCAGUCUGCAGAUCUGCAGGAUCCUCGUCAAACAUCUGCUGCUUUUACUGGUGGAAGAGUUUUAUUCCAGAAUCUUCUCCAACAUUUAUUAUUCCCAAAAAGUAAUUUUGAAGUCUUAAAAUGGAAACAUUCCCCUUCAGAUAUUUUUGAUUGUCAGAGAUUUUCAGUCUAAUGUCUAAUCUUUGAAUCAUUUAUUCUCUACGAUGUCACAUUAAUGAUGUCCACAUAAACUCAAAGAAACUUUAUAUUUUAAAGAAAAGAAAACUGAAUCACUACAGGCCGAGUGUUCCUGUAGAUAUCAGCGUAAAAAUGUGAAGUAAGUUCAGUUUAUUUAUAUUCAGAAACAACAGAACAGGAUUAUUAAAAUGAAUCAGUAAAUUAACAAUAAAAUCCAACAGUCAGUGAAUCCACCAUCAGAUCUCAGUCUCCUGAGUCAGAGCAGGAAGCUGUUACUGACCGGGUUCAGGGUGUCCUCAGAGGUCAAAGGUCAGCGUGUGUCCUGUUUGAACAGCAGACAGUCGGGAGGAGGCGUGACCGCUGCAGCUCGCCGUUAACUCAUCCUCGGGGACGGACGGCGUCCUGAAACGUGUCGGCUCGCCUCCGUUUCCUCACAUUGUAAACAGGAGCAGAGGAGAGGAGAGAGCGCUGACCUUUGACCUCUGCUGACUGAGAACCUUCCUCAGAAAACAAAGUGAGAUGGCAGCGAUGAUGAGUUUGUGCUGCGUUCAGGUCGUUUUUUUCAUCACUGUAAAUUCUAACUGUCGACUGGGGAGGAAACGUUUUCAGUGAGUCAGAGCUGCAGAAAAUCGUAACCUGCAGCGACUGAACGGAUGUGAACACACCUUUAAUCACAGCAGAGAGGUCAGAGGACGCAGCAGAACGCUGACAAAAAUCUGAUAAAACAAAAUGAGUUUUUAAAACAGCAGAAUCAUCCUUUAAAUCCAGCUCAGAUUCCUAAGAUAGGUUUGCACUCCUUCACAGCCGUGCCUGCUCAUCUUGAAGCCUUCCAAGAUAAAAUCAAUGUUUUGUCAGGUUGAGUUUGGUGAAACGUUUCCACAGCAGAGCCUCCAUGUUCCUGCUUCCUGUCCGGUCUGUGUGUGUCACAGCUUUAAUCAGUCAGAUGAGCUUUAAAAGCCUCUGUUCCUAUGACAGGACCGUGGUCGUCCUCGAGGAUUCAGCAGCUGGACGGCCUCUGGUCAGUGCCUUUUAUACACAAAGAAAGAGUUUAUUCUUAAGACCAGAAACUGUUCUGAUCAAACUGUUACUGCAUUUCAUUUCUUCCAUAAGGGAACAUCUGAGUCGUCUCUGUCUUGAGGAUUUCAGCGAACAAAGUCAAACAUUUGACUCUGAUCAGUUUUCUCUGUGUAAAGAUUCUUCACUCAGUCAGACGCAAAAUCAAACCUGCAUUUAUCUGAAUGUAAAAGUCUUUAUUUUUGUGAUUUUGAUGUAUUUUGUAUCAGUGUUGUUCCUGAUGAUGCAGUUCCGUCUGUCCUGUUCACACAGCUGGAGACUAAUAAAGUUAAUUCAACACAUGAA